GGUGGAGAGGAGAUGAUCUGUAUCGAACCCAUAUUGGCUCAUUAGUCGAGCAGCAGCAGAUUCAUAUUACACCUAUUAUUAUUAUAGCAAUUUGGUUGCUACAGUGAUAGGUGGAGUGUGGACGUGCUGCGACUACGGCCGUCAUCACUCGUCGUCAAUAACGAGGCCGAGUAUCGUUUGUUCCUCCUAUGACUACUAUAAUUAUUAAUCGUAACAAUUUUUUUCAAAAAUAAUCAAAUCCCGCUCCUCUCCGCACAAGCGCCCGACGCUGAUCAUACAAUUAUGCUCGAAUCUAAUGCGUCCAGCAUCAAAACGCAAUAAUAAUCAUUGUUGUUGUUGUUGUUGUUAUUAUGUGAAAGUGCAUGUCCACGAGAAAUUGUUUUAACGAUGACGAACUCGACUUUGCUACUACCCCAGUACCACAAGUAUCUCAAUGGUGCACCCGUGCCGUUCAGCAGGCGCACCCGGAGGAACAGCGAACUGUGUCUGGUCGUGCUGGUGUUCAUCUCCCUGACGAUCAUCUGCUUUGGAGCCGUGUUCUAUUUACCUGAGUUCAAGGCGACCUACGGUGGUACCAUCAACAAUGUCUACAAGCACAUACAGAACGCAGGACCCGAACUGUUGUUGCCAGCCCAUGGAAACUCAAGGCACGAUGGAGUGCUGGAGGAUCCGCACGCCGCUUGGGACAAACAAAUACUGUCCGCCAAAAUCGAUGAGGACUAUUCGGACAAACGAAAAGUAUUAGAAAGACCAGAUACAGGCAAUGCUAUCAAACGGCAUAUUACCAAUAACAGUAGUUUCAAUCCUGAAGCCGAAUCAAUAGUUGAACACGUCGAAACUAGUCAAACUUAUGAAAAUUCCGAGUUGAGACAAAGGCGAAACAAAGUUAAAGAAAUGAUGAAACAUGGCUGGGAUAAUUAUGUUAAAUAUGCAUGGGGCAAAAAUGAAUUGAAGCCUGUAUCAAAACGAGAUCAUUCUGGAAGUGUAUUUGGAUCAGCAAAUAUGGGUGCAACUAUUGUCGAUUCAUUGGAUACAUUAUUAAUUAUGGGUUUACACGAUGAGUAUAAACUUGGAAGAGAUUGGGUUGCUAAUAAUUUUACUUUAGAAAAUGUGAAAAUAGAUAUAUCGGUUUUUGAAACAAAUAUUCGUUUUAUUGGCGGUUUUCUUACUUGUUAUGCUAUGACUGGUGAUACUGUUUUCCGUGAUAAAGCUGAUUAUAUUGCCAAAAAAUUAUUACCUGCAUUUCAAACACCAACUGGAAUACCAUAUUCAUUAGUUAAUUUAAAAUCUGGGAACAGCAAGAAUUAUUUAUGGGCAAGUGGUGGUAGUAGUAUACUAUCAGAAUUUGGUACUCUACAUUUGGAAUUUGUAUACUUAUCUGAUAUCACUGGCAAUGACAUUUAUAGACAAAAAGUUGAUCAUAUUAGACAGUUUGUAAGAAGUCUUGAUCGACCUAAUGGAUUGUAUCCGAAUUUCUUAAAUCCUAUUACUGGAAAAUGGGGACAACGCCAUGUGUCACUCGGAGGCCUUGGUGAUAGUUUUUAUGAAUAUUUGUUGAAAGCGUACAUACAAUCUAACGGUAAAGAUUUAAUAGCACGUGACAUGUUUGAUGAUGCCAUGGCAAGUGUGAUGGAUAACCUAGUUCAAACAUCUUCUACUGGACUAACAUAUUUAGCAGACAUGCGUUUUGAUAGACUUGAACAUAAAAUGGACCACUUAUCGUGUUUUGCCGGUGGAAUGUUUGCACUUGCUGGUGAAACUCUAGGCAGUGAUGCGUCUAAACACUAUACUGAUCUUGGAGCUAGUUUAACAGAAACGUGUCAUGUAGCUUAUGAUAAAACUGCUACAAAAUUAGGGCCUGAAGCUUUUAGAUUUACAGAUAAUUAUGAUGCAGUUGCAGUCCGUGGCACUGAAAAAUACAAUAUUCUUCGGCCUGAAACAGUUGAGUCAUAUUUUGUUUUAUGGCGAUUAACUCAUGACAACAAAUACCGAGAAUGGGGAUGGGAGGCCGUGCAAGCUUUUGAAAAACACUGUAGAGUAUCGGGUGGAUACAGUGGAAUUAAAGAUGUUUACCAAAUAGAUUCAAGUAAAGAUGAUGUUCAGCAGAGUUACUUUUUUGCAGAAACUCUGAAAUAUUUAUACCUAUUAUUCAGUGAUGAUAAUCUAAUUCCAUUAGAUAAAUGGGUAUUCAAUUCAGAAGCUCAUCCACUUCCUGUAAAAGAACUCAAUACUCAAUAUAGAAUGCAUCAAAGAGUUGUAUAAUUGUUGUGAUUAAAUGUUUGGAAUGUCAAGAAUUUUGUUUAUGAGUUUUUAAUCAAUGUUAAACAUUUCAAAAGCUAAAAUAGUUUAUGAAAUUCUUUGACAUUUAUUAGUAGUAAAAUAAAAUUCCCUGCACUUGAUUUGUAAGUAAAAUGUUUUCUAUAAUAUUUAUAAUACACAGUCACACAGACACAAUGUCUUAUGUAAUUUAUGUAUGUACCAAAAUUAAUGUAUAUAAUACCAUAAAAUACAAUUAUGAUACACAAUAGUUAAUAACAUGAGGAGAAUUCCUAUCUGCUGGUUUUACAAUUCUUUAAACAACUUGUAUUUUAACCAAUAUACUGCCUAAUUAAUGUUAUAAUUAUGUUUA